UGUGCAGCAUCAAAGCCGCGGUGCGAGGCUGCUUCAUGCAGUGAGCGGUGUGACUCAGUUCAGUGAACAUCGGCUAGAUCAUGAUGAAAUUUUGGUGUUACGCAGCAUGGCUGGUGACAUGCUCGGGAGCAGCGCUGGCCUAUACGAAGCACUGGACACGCAGCUGGAACCUGGACGAUGACGACAACUGGUCGGGAGGCUUGGUGCACUGCCCUGGACAGCGACUCCAGAUGCCGCAACGUCUGGAUUAUAUGACAUACUUGAGUUCCUCGCUGAGCGUUGAGUGGCUCGCGCUGCCGCUGAGUGGGGAGGUUGUGCUCGGUGAGGGGGGCAGUGUCCUGGUGGGCACCGCGGGUGCGAAGAGAAGGCCUUCAGACUGUAAGGCUGAAGUGAAAACGUUGACGUGGUCGCGCACGAGCAAAGACGAGUGGUGGGACGCGUUGUCGUGGCAGGUGCCUGAUGACCUGACCCUGAACAGCAGCGCAAUCCCCGACCUGAACAGGGUGCCGUGUACCACAGAUACCGUCGUGCUGAGAUCCUCUCCCAAGUACCUCUCACCAAUACACUUCACCGCACCUACCGUCAGAGUGGCGUCCGUGCAAGUCAACGGGCAGACGUUGACAACUUCCGGGUUGCUGGACUACGCAUCAGGCAACGUGUCAGGGCAGUUGACAGGCAGCUCAGCUGAUGGCGGCGUCUUGCUUUACGCCGAGGCUGACCCGCGGUGUUCUGAGGGCCGAGACUGCCAGUGCAACGACGCUGCAGACGUCGCUAGAGUGGUCUGCACCAACCGCCAACUCCCGUGCCCCGAGCCCAUGUGUGAGAAUCCUAUUAGAAUGCAGGAUUUCUGCUGUCCUCAGUGUGGAGUGGACUUCAAACUGCCAUCUUCAUACAGCGGCGGGGGCCGCCACCUGCAAGGACUGCUGGGCGCUCUGGACGUUGAAGAGGCGGGUCGAGGAGUCGCCCGCUUCUCAGGCCUGAUGAGUGACGGUAGCUACCAUGUGCUGCUCGCGGCCAGGGAGCGCGACGGGGACUACGAGGCUGCUGCUCAGGUUGUCAGGAGGAUAUUGCAACAAGCUGUGGGCAGCGAUGGACAUCUGGAAGAAUCAGCAGCAGGCGCAAGCGCCUACAAGACGGAGUCUGGGAGCAGCUCUGCUGGAGGCCUGGUGUCGGCCAUUGUUAUCAUCGUGCUCGUGGCGCUCCUGCUUUACUUCGUUCACAAGAGAGGAUACGCGGAUAAUGUUCGAGCUCUACUUCGAGAAAAUUCGCCGGCAAGUUUCCAGUUCCGGCGGAUGAGCAUGGUGGCGAUACGGCGCUUAUCGCGGAUCUCCCUGCACGCCGACGCGCUGUCCGCACGCCGGGCCUCGGACGCUCCGAGCAGCAGGACCCCUGACAUGUCAGGCCCCAUUCCGACCUACAGCGUUCAGUCCGGCGGUCUGCGCUUCAUGAAUCCUGUCUUCAGCAAGUCAACUGCGUCCCUGGCUGCUAUGCCAAUUGACCCUGAAGGCGGGAUGUGUGAUGACGCCGCGACAGGAAGAGCUGGGGACACUGCUGAGGUCGAGAACCCAAUGUACGGCGCCUUCAUGCACAUGACGCAUGCCGAGAAGAAGGCCUACGAUGCUACAGAUGCGGACGCUGGUCCUCCGAAGCCGCCGCGCUUGGAAGACAAGGGGCAGUCAAGCAUGCGUUUCAGCGAACUUGGCACCAUCGAUGAAGACGUUCAUUCGACCGAAGAUGACGCAAACGAAAUUGUCACUGAUGAACCACAGCGCCUAGACAAAAAUAUAAGAGAAAUCAUCAGUCUCGAAACCCCCGCCGAAUUGGCUAGAGCAGGUCUUUUGAUCGAUGUACCUGGAGACUCCCCAGUCACGGGACAGAUGGUAGAAAAUGCAUAUAAAAACAAUGAUGGAAAAGGAGAAACCAAAAUUGUUAUCGAUAUUCACGCGGCGCCCUUCAGCGAGCUAGAACAAACCAAAUCAGAUGACGCGCAGCAUUUCGGGGCCACGGCUUCUCACGCAACUGCAGAUCGCUGCCAACUGGAAGAAGUUGACGAUGAGCCUGGCAUCAAUUUCGGGUUCGAGGACGAUGAUGAAUUUUAGUGUUACUUUAUCAGUUGCAAGCGCUUGUAAUCAGUUUAUUUUGUGAGGAAUAUUUUACCAACCGGUGCAUGCGCUCAAUUGACGUGAUGUUCAUCUGAGAUUACAGCCUCAUAAUUUUAUUCAUUGUUACUAUUAUAAUCCCGUGCUGAUAUAUAAGCAUGAUGAAUUAUCUUAUCUACCGCAGGUCUUAUGCAUUGCGAAACAUGUACAGUUGAAUAAAAGGACAAGUUUC